AUGGACGCAGCAGAACAAGAGCUGGAGAGGAGAAGCCAGUUCUUGCACAGCUUAAUAAUACAGAAGAAGAAAACGUCGGUUGAGCAAAAACAAGAAAAUGGUCGCCGGAACGUACGCGUGAGGGCUUCAGAUAUGCCUCUCCCUCUGCAAAAUCGAGCCUUUAAAACUGCUACUGACAUUCUUGAUUCCAUGCCUUGCGCCAAGAUUGACAGCAAACGCCUUGCCCUUUCGCUCAAGAAGGAUUUCGACUCGACAUAUGGUCCAGCUUGGCAUUGUGUGGUGGGGACCAGCUUCGGCUCAUAUGUGACACAUUCCAUAGGAGGAUUCUUGUAUUUCUCAAUCGAUAAGGUCUAUGUUCUCCUCUUCAAGACUGCUGUCGAGCCUUUGAACAGAUGA